AUGACAGAGUUGGACCAAAUCGAUAUCGAUUUUCGAUUGAAAGCUUGCCUCAGAAAGUUACGACUUACAACACUGAAAUCCAUACUGUACCUGACUGGACCUGUUGGUGGAUUGUCACCAAGUGAUGUGGAAACAGUGAAACUUGCAGCUGCCAAAAUAGUCAAUAAAGAGCAACCAGUUUCCGCAAAACAGAUAUUUGAAAAUGAAAAAUUGCACCACCUGAAGCUUACAACUGGUUGUGCUGUACUAGACCAAGCACUGAGAGGAGGAAUCUUAUGCAGUGGUAUUACAGAGAUUUCUGGGGAAAGUGCCUGUGGGAAAACCCAGUUUGCCCUACAGUUGUCCCUCACCUCCCAGUUGACUAAACAAUACGGUGGUCUGGAUUCAGGUGCAUUGUACAUCUGCACAGAAGAUGCUUUUCCCAGUAAACGCCUAUAUCAGAUGAUCAAGAACUUCACUGCAAGUCACGGCAACAAGUUGUGUAACCAAGGAAAUCUAGGGGAUAAAAUAUUCAUUGAACAUGUAGCAGAUUUUGAAGGUCUUAUGAGCUGCCUGUCCAACAGAGCCCCCAUACUGCUGAACUCUGGAGCAGUCAAGAUGAUCAUCGUGGACUCGGUGGCUGCACAUUUCCGCAGCGACUAUGAGAGCAACGAGAUGUACAAACGAGCUCAGCAUAUCUGUGCCAUGGGGUCCCUACUGUGCAAAUACAGUCACCAACACCAAAUACCUGUUGUCUGCAUUAAUCAGGUGACGAGCUCCAUGUCCCCAGACAGUCGUCAACUGAUUCCCUCCCUGGGCCUCGCCUGGUCCAAUCAUGUGACCACCCGCAUCAUGCUGGCACGUACCCAGCGUAGCCUCACCAUUCAGCAGGACAGCGCUCACGGCCCCUUGGAGACCGUUGUCAGGGAGAUGGAGGUGGUGUUUGCGCCACAUCUACCCACUAUCACUGUGCCCUUUGUGAUAGACCAUGAAGGAAUGAAAGGAUUUGCACAGAAUAUUUUGUGAAAUUUAAUCUUCAGUGUACUAUCAUGAGGGCAUGAAAAGAAUUGCACAUGUUUUGUUGUGAAUUGAAAUCUUCAGUGUUCGACCAAGAGGGAAUGAAAGGAUUUGCUCGCAUCAUUGUUUUGUAACAUGAAAUCUUGUGAAGGGUACUUACUCAUAAUAUAUAUAUAUAUAUAUAUA